AUGAGCAAGCGAAUCAUUCAACUCAUACUUCUCUCUGCCUUUGCGCGAGCUAAUUACGUGGAGCCCUUCAAAUCAAAUCCAUACAUUGCUUGCUCAGAGGCAAGCCAUUGCCCAAAGGAAUGGCCAUGCUGCUCGCAAUAUGGACAAUGCGGGAGUGGGCCGCUAUGCAUUAGUGGCUGCAACCCAAAAUUCUCGCAUAGCCCUGAGAGCUGCGUGCCAGUGCCGGCGCUACUACCGCAAUUGGAGAUAGUGGCCAGCGAUGAUAAAGGAGUAUACCUAGAGAUGUCGGGUCAGCCUGCCUUGGUCACAAAGUUCCAGCGCAAGAGCUCGGCGCAGUUGUUGGAGGUACAUCACGAGGAACAGCAGUAUGGUGUGUCGGCAUUAGAGCAGGACCUAAAUAGCAGGGGCUUGAUCCACUUCCCAGAUUACAUGAUAACAUCGAAGCCGAAGGUCGCAAGGGAAAUGUUGGAGCAGUAUGACUUUAUACAUAGCGGCUUCAUCAGCGUAGACGGCAAAUCAGAAAGCCUCAUCUUGGGCAUGCCGAAGAAGACCACCGGCAGUUUGAUCAGCUCAUCGAAAGUUUUCCUAUAUGGCAGAGCAGCCGUCACCAUGAAGACAAGCAGAGGCCCAGGCGUCAUCACCGCAAUUGUAUUCAUGUCAUCUACCCAGGACGAGAUAGACUACGAGUUCGUGGGGAGCGAGCUCCAUACUGUCCAGACGAACUACUACUACCAGGGCGAGCUCAACCACUCGAGAAUGCGCCGCCAUUCGCUACCCUCCAACAGCCACGAGGAGUACCACAUAUACGAGGUUGACUGGGAUGCCGAACGCAUCCACUGGAUGGUCGACGGCGAGAUAGUGCGCACCUUGUACAAGCGCGACACCUGGGACCCGGUCCACAAAAUAUACAAGUAUCCACAAACGCCCAUGAUGCUCCAGAUUUCCCUCUGGCCCGCGGGCACCCCCGAUGCGCCGCAGGGCACCAUCGAAUGGGCCGGCGGCUUGAUCGACUGGGAGAACGCGCCAGACAUUAAGGCACACGGCCAGCUUGCUGCCCAGAUCCAGCGUGUUGCCAUCACGCCAUACAACAACGAUUUUUGUCCUGAAAUCCACGAGAGUAUGGGCCAAUGGGGCGCCCAGAACUCGGAGGAAGAGCCCUUCCGCGUCGCCUACGGAUACGAGUCGAACAACGGCCGCUUCGACCCAAAGAAGUUGAAGUGGUAUACGGACGCCCGUCUCCACCUAUCCUCCUGGCAUGCUACAGGCAUCAAACCCACUGCUGCCCAAAGGCAGCAGCAUCACCGGCGCAGUCUGCCGCAUGUAGAAGCUCCGCCCAUCACCAAUACCAUGUGA